AACGCUGCAGCUGAACUGUUGUGACGCGGAGAUUAAAAACAGGAUGGCCUCCUCUUCCUCUUUCACCGAUGAAGAUUCAUUCAAAACCCCUAAAGCCAUCAGGGUGAGGAGCUGUGGGAUCAGUGGUGGGACCCCCAUCACCAUCCCAGCGUCCCCCUUCAUGAAGAAGCUGGGCUGCGGGACUGGAGUCAAUGUUUACCUCAUGAACAGGAUGGGGAAGCUGAACGCGUCUCCCUGGGCCGUGAAGAAGAUCAACAGCAAAUGUGCAGGGAAGCAAGUGGCCGUUUACCAGAAGCGUCUGAACGAGGAGGCGAAGGUGCUGAAGGGAAUCGUUCAUCCCAACGUUGUCGGUUUCCGUGCCUUUGCUACGGCCAAAGACGGCUCCAAGUGUCUGGCCAUGGAGUACGGAGGAGAGCAGUCGCUCAACGACCUCAUCGAGAAGCGGCGAGGGGACGGUCUGAAAGCUUUUCCCGCCGCCAACAUAGAAAAGGUGGCGCUGCAUGUGGCGCGCGGCCUGCAGUAUCUUCACAACGAGAGGAAGCUGCUGCACGGGGACAUGAAGUCCUGCAACGUGGUCAUCAAGGGCGACUUUGAGACCGUGAAGAUCUGUGAUGUGGGCGUGUCCCUGCAGCUCGAUGAGAACAUGAGAGUGUCGGACCCGAAGGCGGUUUACAUCGGCACGGAGCCGUGGAAGCCGAUGGAGGCUCUGGAGGAGGGAGGAGAGAUCAGCGACAAGGCGGACGUCUUUGCCUUCGGCCUGACUCUGUGGGAGAUGAUGUCUCUGGCGAUGCCUCAUCUGGAGAUGCUGGGGGACGACGAUGAGGAGGAGGAUGAAGAGGACUCAAUGGAGGACAGCUUUGACGAGGACGCCUACUACGAGAGGCUGGGGACGAGGCCGGCGCUGGACGCUGAGGCUCUGGGGGGCUCGUACCGGAGGAUGGUGGAGCUUUUCUAUCUGUGCACAGAAGAAGAUCCCAAGAAGAGACCCUCCGCCGCCCAGGUCGUCCAGGCCCUGGAGAGCAACGCCCCGCUGAAGCAGACGCAGAGUGAGGUCAUCGUUAUCGACUGAUGUGCAUCGUCACGUUUGAGCAGUAUAUUCAAAAUAAUUGAGUCCGGUAAGGACUUUAGAUAAUAGAUCAAUUAAAGAUCUAAAGACGUCAGGUUGUAUCAGCAAAACUUGAAUCAGCGGCUCAUGUUUGGCUUUUCUUGAGGUUCUUUGUAAUUUACCAAAACAAACUACAAACUCCAGGACAUAAAUAUAGAAGAAACAGCAUCGUCACUGGUCAGAGUGUCGUUUGAAUUCCGCUACAGGGACCAACUGGAAUCUCUUACUGUAAAUAUUCACUUAUGUUGUCUUCUCUCUCUUGUUCUGUUGACUUUUAUUGUAAAUGUUUUUUCUU